UCUGAUUGGUUGCUAUGGGCAACUGCACCACUCUUCCUCUACACUGGUUUUGAUUAAUCUCCCCCAUUGUCUUUAGAAUGAAGUGUCAUAUUUUAAAAGAAAAGAUAUCUAUCUGGAGGAUCCAGUCACUGGCUGAACAGAGAGGAAUAGAGGGGAAGAAUGUGAAACACACCUGGUUUAUGUCAGAAAGGCACUAGGACCUUGAAGAAUAGUCCUGCCUUAUGAGUCAGCCUCAGAUCUCCAGCUCACAACUCCUGAAACCAGUGAAUGAGAGGACAGACAUGUGAAUGGCUCAGCUGGGAUUCAAAGCACUUUGUGGACUGGGCUGUGAGAGGUUACAAGACAACUGGAUCAUCCGGGAUUUCACCGCCUUGUGACUGUUGGAUCUACCUAAGCACAGCAGGAAGGCACCUCCAAGACACCUCCCUGUACAGAUGGUAUGCUGGGCCUCAACUCAGCCCAGUGUUUGGAUGGAAUAAAGGCCUCUGGGAUAGAGCAGCUUUGUACACUGUACACCCAAAGGCGGAAAGAGUAAUGUCCAUGUUGUACUACACUCUGAUUAUAGCAUUUCUGAUCGGCAUACAGGCUGCACCGAAGACCAAGGACCAUGCCACAGCCGGCUCAUCAACAAAGCAUCGUAUUCAGCAUCAUCACUCACAUCGAACUAAGUCUCUUCACCGAAAUCAUGGCAGAAUAGAGACAAAUGAACACGCAUCUCUUCACAAUAUUACAGUUGACCCUAAACUUUUCAGGAAGAGGAAAUUUCGCUCUCCAAGGGUUUUGUUUAGCACUCAACCUCCUCCAUUGUCAGAGGACCUACGGAACUUGGAAUAUUUAGAUGAUGAGGAAUCCCUCAAUAAAACUAUCAGAGCUAAAAGAACGGUGCAUCCAGUGCUUCAUCGGGGGGAAUAUUCUGUAUGUGAUAGUGUCAGUAUGUGGGUUGGAGAAAAAAACACAGCCACUGACAUCAAGGGCAAGGAAGUAACUGUGUUGGGGGAAGUCAAUAUAAAUAAUAACGUUUUUAAACAGUACUUUUUUGAGACCAAGUGUAGAGAUCCAAAGCCAGUUUCAGGUGGAUGCCGUGGGAUUGAUUCAAAGCAUUGGAACUCCUAUUGCACCACCACGCAUACAUUUGUCAAAGCUUUGACGAUGGAAGGGAAGCAAGCAGCGUGGAGGUUCAUACGGAUAGAUACAGCUUGUGUCUGUGUGCUCAGCAGGAAGGGACGAUCAUAAGUAGACACUUCUUGCUGCUCCAUCUUCUCCCCACCCCUACCUCAGCCUGUAAAUUAUUUUAAAUUAUAUGGACUGCAUGAUAUAUUUAAAAUUUUUACUGUAAAAAGAGAAUAUUUAUUAAA